AUGGAUGGAAACAAAAUGGCGAAAUUUCUGUUGUUGCUGAUAGCUGUUGACUUGCUGUUGUUUUCGUCGACUGAGGGUAAACCAUGGUGGGGACGUCGACGUCGUAGGAACUGCUCUUCUUCCAGGCCAGGAGGAGUCGCAUGGGUGAACCAGUGGCAACAACCUUUCUCCUUCAGUUGCAAAACCAGUAAGCCAGUUGCUAAACAUAUAUAUUUAUAUAGAAUCACUAAACGAUAAUCCUUUCUUUUACGCCGCUUUCCGGUAAAGAUGCAACUCACUCGCUCCCCGCCCUGCAUGUAAUAAACAUACCCGAAGCAUUUGUUACAAUUUUUAAGCCAGAUUCCUUUGUAUAUACAGUCUUUAUUUAUGUAUUGGAGAUUAUUUUUCUCCUUCUUUUUCUUUACCCCGACAGACAGGUACGUUUAGAAGCGAACCUAUGAUUCUCUCAGGCUCGGACAAAGUGAUGGAUAAAUAUUUCAAUAUUCCUUAGUUUAUUUUUUUGCAAUCCUGCACUCAUUUGCUCUCUGAUACACACUAAUUAUGAAGACGAAUGCUCAUAAAAGUAAAAUAAAUGGGAUAGAAAGAAUAGGAUGACAAAUUGUCCCGUACAAUUUCGAAACAUGUUUCCAACUGCUUUUUAUUGGGUCAUUCCGUUUCUUGUUUGUGUAAUUUUUAGGCUAUUAUUUGAGUUUAUGGCGCAGCGAGCAUCGCAACUGCAAAGAAGACCGCAUCCAUUACUUCCAGUGUGGGUAUGGUCCAGCGCCAUACAGUGCGAACAACUGCUUUUGGACAUACACUGCGAAUAACUUUGACGGGCCAGUGAACUUCAAAUGCCCCUGCAAUGGCUUCAUUACUGGAGUGGCAAGUGAUCAUUACAGCGGCCAUCACAAAGACCGCACGUAAACAACAUUCUACUACUACAAUCCUAAGCUUUAUCAGAGGGAAAUCGUUACGUCACGUUGCUAUGGUAGCAAAGAAUUCUGGAUCUCAACAAAACCGUGGUCUUGCAAAUAUGGCAGAACAAAACGAAAAAAUUGGCAUGACUUGUGUGAGUUUCCUAUGCAUGAUUUUGUCACUCAGGAUCAAAACAAUAGCCCAUGCUUUUCUUUCAUCGUUUGACAAUGCAAAUGGCUUUCUUUGCAAACAAAGAUUAUUGAGAUCCAGAAAUUUUGCUACCAUGGUAACAUGACGUCACACUUCUCCACUCUAGAAUUAUCUUCCUUAUAAGUGUUAAAUGCACGGUCCAGGAAUUUUCAAAAUGCAAAGAUUUCAUUUUAUCAACACAGUUCAUAAAACCAACUCUUUGCAUUUCACUCCCUCACCGACGCAGCACCACAGCUUCAUUAGAAACUAACCCUUUAUUUAUCGGUCCAGAGACAAAAACUAUUCACCUUUCUCAGUUCUCCUCUGAAGAUGAGAGGUGGUUAAAAUUGUCAUCACAGUUUAGUAGUUUUGUUUCGUGGUAAAGGCAUUUAAGACUAAUACAUUGCAUGUACAACCCGAAAGUAAGAUCCAUUAAAUAACCCAAGGCGGACCUGAUAAUAGCUUCCGCAGAUAAGGUCACUAUCAGUUGUUCAGUUCAUUUUUUUCUUUCUGUGUUUCCAAUGACAGGUUUCGGUUCCGCUGCUGUUAUAUAAACGGAUAUUUAAAACAAAGUUGCCGUCACACUCUAUAUCAGAACAACUGGGACCACGAAUUGAUGUACUAUGUUCCCCGUGGAUACUAUCUAACUGGAGUGGAGAGUUAUCACAAUAACCACCGCGAGUAAGUGUUGAGAUAACUUGCUUAGUCCCAGGAAGCUAAAGGUGCACAGAAUUAAGAAAAACCUCUUCUUCAACUACGCCGGGGUUCCAACAUAUUACAAGCUCCAAUGCCACAUCACGUACCAGGGAAACUGCUGCAUUGUGCGAUGAAUAUGUAGAAAGAGAAGCUGAAGUUCAGCAUGGUUUUCAAAGGAUCCUUAUCUUUGCAAAUAGGAAAGACAACCUCAAAUGUUAGUUUAAUUAGUAUAAACGACACCAAAGGGGAAGAAACUAAACUUUCUUCGUGUUUGCAUAGCCUGAAAUAAGCACGAGAGAUCGAAUGUUGCUUAUUCUUACUAAAAAUGUCGACUUAAGCUAUAAACUAAAAGUUGUUUGGCCAAGAUUUUAAAAGCUUCAACCGUCGAAGAAAUGGGUAAAUAAGGUCACAACGUGUAGAUCUUUAAGUUAAAAACGUUUUUCAUAAUCGUGGCUUAACGUGUGCACAGUGUUUACAUACUCUCGCGCAAACACUACCCUCGGCCAAACAAGGCGGCCAACCAAAGAAAGCCACGACACAUUGAUAGUUCCUUUAAGUUCACCACCACGUCAAAUUUUCCACAAUUGAAAAUUAAUUGCUCGUGAGUGCCCCAUUUUACAUUUUUAUGUUAAUUUUUUCUAUUCAGGGAUCGCCGCUGGAAGUUUGAGAUUUGCAAAAUCACUAAACGCGUUGGAAAAUGA